AUGCGCUGGAAGACGACCACUGCAGUGACAGUUACGGCGCUUGUUGGGUGGGCACUUGCAGCAACGACAGAGAUUCGCACUUAUUCGCGAUGGAUGGCUUCGAGCAUUAUCUCUCGAGGCCAGGGUAUUAUGACCGGCUCUGGUGGUUCAUCUGAGCUGCUCCAAGCUGGCAUCACCCAGAAGGCCUUCACGGCUCUGGUCGCCCAGUACCCGGAUGACGCAGAGUUCGCGCAAAAGGUUCGGGGCUAUAUCAGCGCCAGCGCUGCCUCGGUGGCGCCAUUCGUGCAAAACGCGACGUAUGAUGCGCUCUCUUACCCGAUGGACCGCCUGAGCAACGGUAACGCACUCCUGUCUCUGUCCAGUAUUAAUGCGGGGUAUGGACUGGGAAACUCGUCAACCCUUCGGGCUGCAGCUGAAUCGCUGAGGAGGAGCAUCGACCUGAACCGACGCAACAAUGAGAGUGGCCUAUGGUACUUCGUUUACCCUGAAUGGAGCUACCUGGACGGAAUGUAUUCGCUCGCUCCCUACUACACCCUCUACACACUCGCCGUGGCCGAGACAAAGAUGGCUGAGGUGAACACGACGGCCCUGGAUGACAUGCUCCUCCAACUUGAGCUUCUCUGGCGGCACACGCACAAUGAGACCUCCGGGCUUCUGGUGCACGGGUAUGACGAGUCCCGGAGGGCAGUGUGGGCGAACUCGGAGACCGGCGCAAGCCCGCACGUGUGGGGCCGCAGUCUCGGCUGGUUCGCGAUGGCGCUGGUGGAUACGCUGGAAAUCCUAUCCGGGACAGAGAACGCCCGGCUGUACGACAAGUACACGACUCGGCUGCGCGAGAUGUAUCAAUCCCUCGCCUCGGCCUUGAUCUCCUCGGCGGACCCGGCGACAGGUGCCUGGUGGCAGGUCCUGGACCAGCCUGGCCGACAGCGCAACUAUAUCGAGUCCAGCGGAAGCGCCAUGUUCGCCUACGCACUCAUGAAGGGAACGCGGCUUGGAUAUCUGGGCGGCCUCAGCAUCGCUGCGACUGCGCCUGUCGUGGGUACAAAAGCGAGAACCUACCUGACGGAGUCUUUUGUUGUUGACAACGGCAACGGCACGCUUGGGUACAACGGCACGGUCUCGGUUUGUAGCUUGAACUCAAGUGCAACGUAUGAGUACUACGUUGGGCAACCAAUCAACUACAACAGUGUUCUUGGCUCUGCUGCAUAUGUGCUCGCUUCCUUAGAGGCGGAGAGAUUGGGAAACCAGUAA